ACAGUACGGUUAGCAGCUGGAUGCGGACGACUUCUACAACGGUUGACUCGUAAUUAGGGGGGUUACAAGAAGGAUGAUAUAUGAUAGCCUAAGAAGAAGAUUCAAAUUCGUCUGCCAAAUUCUAAAGCUGAUACCUUUGUUUAGAGGCAUGGAGAUUCAGCAAUCACGGAGGCUGAGAUUCUCUUACAAGAAUGCAACCAUAGUAUUGACCAUAUUGAAUGCUCUGUUCUUGCUUCGAGGGUUUCUCCCUUUUGCCUCUACCCGCACCAAGCUCUCUUUAAACCACCCCAAUUCAGUUGACCUAAAGUAUAUCAAAGAAUCUGAAGAGAUGCGUCUUGCUAUGCAACCUUUGGAACUCAUAAAAAGAGUGAGGGAGAUUGAGCAAGAGGCAUAUGCUGAACCAGAGGUGGACCAGCAGAAAGAAGCAAAGCAGACUGCAGCACUUGAUCUUUCUAAAAGGCUAAAGGACUUCCGUUCUUUAAAUGAUGCUGCCAACUUUAAAGCUUUGGAAGAAUGGCGAAAACGGAAGAUGGAACGGGCUAGACUAAGGGAGCAGGAGAAAAAUGAAACAUCUGCCUCUCAAGCUUGACCUAACUGACAAUAAGCAAUACCACUGCUGAAUAUAUGGACUAUAUAAUUCGCUGCAUGAAAUUUGAUACUCAUCCCAAAACUACCAUUAGACGGGUAUAUGGCACAAAUGUGAAUUGAACACUCUUGUCUAAACUUGAAUUGUGAGAUUUAGCACUCUGAAUCUUAAAUUUUUCCUAAAGUGUCAGGCAUCUAAACUACUGGUUUGUCAAGUUCAGUGAAAUGGAUUAUCAUAGAAGGUAAGAAGAAAAUGAAAGGAAGUUUAUUUAUUUAUUUAUUUUUAAUUCAUAUAUAUAUGUAUAUAUAUAAAAAAAUGAUGAAAGGAAGUUGAGACAAGUACAUCACAGGAAAGUUAAAUCCUGGAGUUUCAGCUGGAGGCGCGGCAUCUGUGCAAAUUCUCCAGCGCCAUUAUACACAGAAAACCUAUUUCAUACAUUGAUAGAAACAAAAAGGAAAUUUAGAACAGAAAUCCUGUACAGGCUUACAAUUCCAACAAAAAAGGUACGUGGGU